GGGUCAAAAGGGACAGCUUCCGGCAAUUAGUGCCUGUGGUGCUCCCUCUUCGCCCCUUCCUCCUUUCACUUUGGGCCCCUCGGAGGCCAGUUUUAAAAAAAAUGGAACCUUGUUCCUGUGACACUUUUGUGGCACUACCUCCAGCAACAGUUAAUAACAGGAUUAUUUUUGGAAAAAAUUCAGAUAGACCCUGUGAUGAAGUACAGGAGGUAGUUUAUUUUCCUGCUGCAGUUCAUGACAAUCUGAAGGAACAUCUUAAGUGUACUUACAUAGAAAUUGAUCAAGUUCCUGAAACAUAUGCUAUUGUCCUUAGUCGCCCAGCUUGGUUAUGGGGGGCAGAAAUGGGAGCCAAUGAGCAUGGAGUUUGCAUUGGGAAUGAAGCUGUAUGGGGAAGAGAAGAAGUUUGUGAUGAAGAGGCACUACUGGGCAUGGACCUUGUCAGACUUGGUCUUGAAAGAGCUGAUACAGCUGAAAAAGCCCUCAAUGUCAUUGUUGAUUUAUUAAAGAAGUAUGGCCAGGGUGGAAAUUGUUCAGAGGGCAAGAUGGUAUUUAGCUAUCACAACAGUUUCCUGAUAGCUGAUAGGAAUGAGGCCUGGGUUCUGGAGACUGCAGGGAAGUACUGGGCAGCAGAAAAAGUACAAGAGGGAGUUCGUAAUAUUUCUAAUCAGCUUUCUAUAACAACCAAGAUUGAUCGGGAACACCCAGACAUGAGAAGCUAUGCUAAGCAGAAAGGUUGGUGGGAUGGUAAAAAGGAGUUUGAUUUUGCUGCAACAUACUCUUAUCUUGACACAGCCAAGAUGAUGACUUCUCCAGGCAGAUACUGUGAAGGCUACAAGCUUCUGAAUAAACAUAAAGGAAACAUAACCUUUGAAACAAUGAUGGAAAUUCUCCGAGAUAAACCAAGUGGAAUUAAUAUGGAGGGAGAAUUCCUGACCACUGCAAGCAUGGUUUCUAUUUUACCUCAAGACUCCAACGUUCCUUGCAUCCACUUCCUUACAGGGACUCCUGAUCCUGAGAGAUCUGUUUUUAAGCCUUUCAUAUUUAUACCAAAUAUUUCACAACUAUUGGACACCAGUUCACCCACAUUUGAAGAUUCAGUUAAAAAGAAGCCACAGUUUAACAUUAAGCCUGACAGAAGACAUCUACUCUACCAAAAACAUCAACAGGCCUUGGAAAUACUAGAUAAUAAGGAGGAAAAAGCCAAAACAAUGUUGGACAACAUGAGCAAACUGGAGAAGGAACUAUUCAAAGAGAUGGAAUCAAUCCUUCAAAACAAGCAUCUUGAUGUGGAUAAAAUUGUUAAUCUUUUUCCUCAGUGUACAAAAGAUGAAAUUAGAAUUUAUAAGCCAAAUAUUAGUUCUUAGUGAUCGCAUAAAUGGUCAGCAAUCUUCCUCAAAAUUAGAAUCUGUUACCUUGGUAAAUAAUAUAAAUUAAGUUUGAGCAGAUAUGAUUUUUCUUUAAUAGCAUUCAGGUGAUAGCUUGGCUAUUAAAACUACAUGUAGCCUUGAUGAAA